AUGGCAGACGCGGAAGAGAAUAAGAUCUCGAAUGAAAUUGGAAAACCGUCACUCGAUGGUUUACCUGCGAGCAUCAAUGCAUCAACAAUCGACAAUAAUAAUUUCGAGAUCAAGGCUGGCACCAAAUCGAUGUUGCAGAAUGCGAUACAGUUUUAUGGCAAGGAUCACGAGGAUCCUAGUGUCCACAUCGCGGGGUUUCUAGAGGUUUGUGCCACGUUUAGGAUUCGUGAUGCAUCACCGGAUGCUAUCCGUCUUCGACUCUUUCCGUUUUCUUUACGGGAUGGAGCCAAGGAGUGGCUUCUUUCACUUCCAGCUGGAUCUAUCACUACAUGGAAUCAAUUAGCUGAGAAGUUCCUUCAGAAAUAUUUCCCUCCAGAGAAAACUGUUCGGUUGAGAACCAAGAUUCUGAACUUUCGUCAGGACGAGGACGAGUCCCUUUACGAGGCAUGGGAGCGUUUCAAAGAGCUUAUGAGAAAGGUCCCACAUCACGGGUUGCCCAAGUGGCAACAAUGUCAGAUCUUCUACCAUGGUUUGGACAGUCAGGGACAGAUGAUGGUUGAUACAUACUCGGGUGGUGAUAUCGGCAUGAAAAAUGCCACCGAGGCAUUAGAGAUUCUUGAAAAGUGUGUCACGAAAAACCGGACGCAACAGCCCCCAAGGGGAAAGAGUUCUCGGCAGGGAGUUCAUCAUGUGGACGACUACACAGCCAUGACAACACGUAUGGAUGUCUUAUCUUUGAAAUUUGAUCGAGUGAUGGAAAUGCACUCGAGAGGUUCUUCGAGUGGGGGGGCGUAUCAGGUAGGUGAUUUUCCGACGGGAGAGAUGUCACACGAGCAUGUUGAUUUCAUGGGAAACCAAUACCGUGCUCAAAAUAAUCCCUACAGCAAUACUUAUAAUCCGGGGUGGAACAAUCAUCCAAAUUUUAGUUGGAAGCCCGACGCUUCUAACCAGCAUCCACCCGGAUUUGCUCCACGUCCCACAGCUCCAGCUCAUGGAGCAUAUGGUCCACCUCGACCUCAGCAGGCACCAUCCUCUAGUGAUCCUAGUGUUCCUGAUAUGCUUAGUCAAAUCUUAGCUGGUGAAAACACUCAAAAGGCGGAGAAUGAGAAGCGCUUUAGGGAGUAUGACGGCCGCUUCACGAGGCACAAGAGUGAGUUAAGAAGCCAAAAAGCUUCCAUGCAGACCAUUGAGAACCAAGUUGGCCAGAUUGCCAAGAUGUUGUCAGAGAGACAACAAGGGGGGCUUCCGAGCAACACAGAGCCUAAUCCAAAUGCUACUGCAAAGGCCAUCACGUUGAGAAGCGGCAAGACCGCUCAAGCCAUCCCUCCGGCUGUUCCAGAAAAGCUAGUUGAUGACGAGGAGGUUGAUGAGGAGAUUGAGGCUGAGUCUCCGGGUGAGGUGCAACAGAGGCGAGUCCCAGCAAGUACCGCACGACCCAAGGAGCCAGUGAGAGAGUAUGUCCCUCCCAUUCCAUAUCCGGGGAGGUUAAAGAAGCAGAAAAUGGAAGAACACUAUGGUAAAUUCCUCGAGCUUUUUAAGCAACUUCAUAUAAAUUUACCAUUUGUCGAGGCACUUGCUCAAAUGCCUAAGUAUGCCAAGUUUCUGAAGGAUAUCUUAUCCAACAAAAAGAAACUUAAGGAGCUUUCGCAGGUGACCUUAAAUGAAGAGUGUUCAGUGGUUCUUCAGAACAAACUACCGAAGAAGAUGAAUGAUCCUGGGAGUUUCACUAUCCCGUGUUUGAUUGGUAGUUUGUCGGUCAGCAAUACAUUAGCUGAUCUUGGAGCUAGCAUAAACCUCAUGCCAUAUGCGGUUUUUGCUAAGCUAGACUUGGGAGAGCCCAAGCCGACUCGUAUGAGCAUUCAACUAGCCGACCGUUCAGUGAAGUACCCUCGAGGCAUAGUUGAGAAUAUGCUGGUGAAAAUCGACAAGUUUGUCUUCCCUGUUGAUUUCGUGAUUCUGGACAUGGAUGAGGAUAAAAACGUCCCACUUAUCUUAGGUCGACCAUUCCUAGCCACUGCGAGGGCCUUGAUUGAUGUCUGCACUGGUAGACUUACUCUUAGGGUUGAUGAUGAGGAGGUUACCUUUGAUAUAGGGAAAUCCAUGCAACAUUCACAGAGUCAGGAUGAUACACUCUAUUUCAUUGAGACUAUCGAUACUUAUGUCACGCGUCUCCCCCCGUGUCCCGAGGUAUUUGAGGUUGUGGAUCGCGUGACUGAGCCUAAAGCACCUCCUUCUAUUGAGGAUCCACCUUCGGUUGAGCUUAAGGAGCUUCCAGAUCAUUUGGAGUAUGCUUUCUUGGAGGGUGAGACUCAUCUCCCCGUUAUCAUUUCUGCUGGGUUGUCGAAGGAAGAAAAGGAUCGAUUACUUGAAGUCCUAAAGCAGCACAAGAAGGUGAUUGCUUGGAAGAUUAUGGAUAUAAAAGGGAUCAAUCCAACCUUUUGUACCCAUAAGAUCUUGAUGGAGGAGGACUUUAAACCUGUAGUAUAG